CCUUCACUCCUCCAGCUCCUAAUGUUUUUCUUAACGUGGGGUUCUCAAUGUUAGAAUAAACACUAUACGCUGCCCUUUUAGUUUCGGCACUAUUUUGUCACUCGUGGAUACCCUUCUCAUUUAUGUUUCUUUACAUGGGCCAUUCGAAUGGGCGGAUUUAUACCUCCGAUCGUUGACCAAAUCCUAGAAUUGCCACGGUAGCACAAACCGGGUUCCUAUACACGGUACACCUCAUUGAGACAUUGGGGGAGAUAAAAAUUCGCGGCUUGGAGACACCAGGCUGGUUCAGCCAUGCUCGCGUUCCCCUUUCUUCUGGGGUUUUCCGUACUCGUGCUCCUCCCCGUCGUGCUGUGCGCGGAGGACUACUACAGAAUUUUGGGACUGGACAGGUCCGCGUCUGAUCGUGACAUAAAAAAAGCUUAUCGGACGCUAAGUAAAAAGUUCCAUCCUGACAAAAAUCCCGGAAACGAUUCGGCGCAUCAGAAAUUUGUCGAUAUUGCCGAGGCAUACGAUGUCCUAUCCACUCCCUCGACAAGGAAAAUUUACGACCAGUAUGGACAUGAAGGGCUAGAGCAGCAUAAGCAAGGCGGAGGACGAACACAUGACCCAUUCGAUAUUUUCUCGCGCUUCUUCGGAGGAGGUGGACAUUUUGGCCAUUCCCCCGGCCAACGCCAUGGGCCUGCUAUGGAAGUUCGCCUCUCAGUGCCUCUCAGGGAUUUCUAUAACGGCAGAGAGGCGACUUUUGAAGUGGAAAAACAACAGAUCUGCGAAGCUUGCGAGGGGACUGGGUCUGCUGAUGGGGAGGUCGAGACUUGCCAUCAGUGUGGAGGUAGGGGAGCGGUGAUUAAAAAGCAUAUGCUGGCCCCGGGGAUUUUCCAGCAGGUUCAAAUGCAUUGCGAUAAGUGUGGCGGACAAGGGAAGACAAUACGGCGUCCCUGUCCCGUAUGCCAUGGUCAGCGCGUUGUGAAGAAAGCCGUCCCAAUAUCAGUGACGAUAGAGAGGGGGAUGCCCAAAGGAACCAAGAUAACGUUUGAAAACGAGGCAGACGAAAGCCCCGACUGGAUAGCCGGCGAUCUGGUUAUUAAUCUUGAGGAGAGGGAACCAGCGAUUUCCGAAGCCGAGAACGACCGAACUGAUGGUACGUUCUUCCGACGGAAGGAUAACGACUUGUUUUGGAGAGAAGUUCUCAGUCUCCGAGAAGCAUGGAUGGGAGACUGGACGCGCAACAUCACACACCUGGACGGCCAUGUCGUCCAGUUGCGUCGGAAACGGGGUGAGGUAGUUCAACCCCUCUCCGUCGAAACUAUAAAAGGUGAAGGCAUGCCCAUCUGGCACGAUGGUCAUAUGAAUGCUCAUGACCACGGCGAAGAGUAUGGUAAUCUCUACGUCGAAUACACUGUCGUCCUCCCAGACCAAAUGGAGAAAGGGAUGGAAAAGGACUUCUUCGCGCUAUUCGAAAAAUGGCGCAAGAAGAACGGCGUGAAUCUUGAUAAAGACAGCGGCAAGCCCACCCGCGCCCAUCUUAAGGAUGAAUUGUAACAUAGUUAGAUGCAUAAAAGAUUCAGCAUUUGUUUAUCUUUUUAAUUCCCCCUCUGGUUAUAUCCAUAUUUGCCUUUUCUCGCUCCGGAGUGGUCUAAUUUCAUUUUCAUUUUCAUUUUUUUUUUUUUUUUUUCAUUCUGUUCUUUUUGUAUGCGUCUUGUUUGAAUUUCUUUUACUGUGCUGGCAUCUGUUACGUUCACGGGCUAAACAAAGUUAUAGAGAUAUUAGUAACAACCAUCAUGAAUUUUUUGAGUGGAUUUGACAUGGAAACAUUUGCAAUCAUACGUUCCUCGAGCAGGCUUCAGAAAACAUACCCUUGUUGUCCUUCUGCAUCCGAAAUAUUGUGAAUGUAAUUAUUAAGGUCGAGAAUUCAAAUCCCCUUCAAAAUUGGAGAUGAGUUCACGAUC